AUGAAGCAGUUGCCAGCAGAAACUGUCCGUCUCCUUUCAAGUUCUCAAGUGAUCACAUCAGUUGUCAGUGUAGUGAAGGAGCUGAUAGAGAAUUCCUUGGAUGCCAAUGCCACAAGUAUUGAUAUUAAACUGGAAAAUUAUGGGUUUGAUAAGAUAGAGGUGCGAGACAAUGGUGAUGGCAUCAAAGCUGCUGAUGUUCCAGUUAUGGCAGUUAAGCAUUAUACCUCAAAAAUAAGCUGUCCUGAGGAUCUUGAAAGCUUGACAACCUAUGGUUUUCGUGGUGAAGCCUUGGGAUCAAUUUGCUGCAUAUCUGAGGUUUCGAUCACAACAAAGACAGCUGCUGAUGAUUUUAGCACCCAGUACAUCUUGGAUAGCAGUGGGCAUGUAACUUCUCAGAAGCCUUCUCAUCUUGGGCAAGGUACAACUGUAGCUGCACUGAAGCUGUUUAAAAAUCUUCCUGUAAGAAAACAGUUUUACUCAACAGUUAAAAAAUGUAAGGAGGAAUUAAAAAAAAUCCAAGAUCUUUUGAUGGCAUAUGGCAUCAUAAAGCCAGAACUACGGAUAAUCUUUACACAUAACAAGGCAGUUAUUUGGCAAAAGACCAGGGUGUCAGAUCACAAAAUGUCCUUUAUGUCAGUUCUGGGAACUGCCGUUAUGGGCAGCAUGGUACCUUUUCAACAUCGCUGUGAAGAUCCUGAGGUAUUUCUCUCUGGAUUUCUUCCAAAACCUGAAUCAGACAAUUCUUUGACAAGUCUUUCAAGUUCAGAAAGGAGUUUCAUCUAUAUAAACAAUCGGCCAGUACAUCAAAAGGAAAUAUUAAAGCUGGUUCGACGGUACUAUAAUCUGAAGUCACAUAAAGAUUCUUCUCGUUCGUACCCUGUUUUCUUUAUUAAUAUUACUGUACCUGGCUCCACUGUGGAUGUUAAUUUAACACCUGAUAAAACUCAAGUUUUACUUCAUAAUAAGGAAUCUGUCUUAUCUGCUGUUGAAAAUGUAUUGACAUCGCUGUAUGGGCUACUACCUGGUACAGUUUCUUCUGAAACUAAUAAAACAGAUGUUACCUCAGUGGACAUGGUUGUUAAUGAAACAGAACAAACAGAUGUGCUUGUUAAUAAAACGGAACCAUUUGGAAACAGUGAUCCACAUGCACAUACUUCAUCCUUUUCAUUCAGUAAUGAUGUGCAAAAUGGUCAAGCAGGAAAAAACACAGAUGUCUGCUUAAAGCAUCAAAGAUUUUCUAGUGAUAAUACUCAUGGUCUCCUCAAUAGAAAAGAAGUUUCUGGCACUGAUAUGACUGUGAGUGAUAUAUCUCAAGACAGUUCCAUAAAUAAUUUAUCAUGUGAGGACAGCCAGAAUGGAUAUAGUGUAACAUUAACCCUAGAUGGCAGUACUCACAUGGACACUCAAUCUAAAAACAGAAGUGAGCAUCCUUUGAGAGCCAGUCACACUAAUGAAGUGGAAAAAAAUGAGGCAAAUACAGUCCCUGAGUAUGUAUCUGAAAUCUCUGCUGAUAAUUGGAGCAAGGGGAAUGCACUUAAAAAUGCUACAGGAGAGAACCUGGAACCUGUAAAGAUUUUGAUGCCUGAAGUAGGAGGAAAAACAAAUCAUAAGGCAAAUGAAAAUACUGAUGAACAAGAUCAUGAUCAGCAGAGUGCAAAUCAAAAUAUUAAAAAAACGAAUGUGGUUACUGAUAAAGCAGGACAGAUCAUGGCCUAUGAUUUAAUUAGUAAUCAAAUAAUCCGGAAACCCAUAUCAGCAGUUGCCCUGUUCACCCAAGAAUAUCGUUCUAGAUUAUUAACUGAUAAUCCAAAGGCCAACAUGGAGGACUUGAUGCUGAAAAUUGAAGGACUAUGGGAGAAACUGAGCAAAGAGGAGAAAAUGAAGUAUGAAGAAAAAGCCACAAAAGACCUGGAACGAUACAACAGACAAACCAAGAAAGCUGUGGAGCAGAGAAUACAGAGCUCAACAAAAGAGACAGAAAAAAGAUACAAGUCCAAACUGAAGACUUCUCUCUCUGACCAGCAGAAACUUGACAAACUUUUUCAGGCUCAAAUUGAAAAGAAACAGAGACAUAACCAAGCUAUGAAAAUUGUACAGGUGCCUUUUUCUAUGAGUUCUUUCAAACGUAAACUUCAGAGGCUUGAGAAGACAAAUUUUGAUAAAAACGAGUCUUGCCUGAUCUGUCACCUGAGUUUUCCUGAUGCAUGGAUAAUUGCUUCUGGAAAAAAAAUCAUGUUGCUAAAUCCGUAUAGAGUGGAAGAAGCCCUACUUUAUAAAAAACUACUGGAGCAACACAAACUUCCUGUAGAGAAACUGGACAAGCCAAUUGUAUUAACUGACAGUUUGUUCAGCGGAUCUCAUUAUAUGGAUUCUCUCUACAAUAUGACAAAGGAUUGCCAAAAAUUAAAUGGAUCAAUUUACUUGUCGGAUCCAAGGCUUAUAGCAAAUGGUUUUAAGAUAAAAAUGAUACCAGGAUAUUCAGCUACAGAAAACCAGCUGGAAAUAGAAGGAAUGGCUAAUUGUCUGCCAUUCUAUGGUGUAUCAGAUUUAAAAGAAAUUCUGAAUGCCGUGAUAAACAAAAAUGCAAAGGAAGUAUAUGAGUGUAGACCUCUCAAAGUGAUAAACUACUUGGAGGGAGAAGCAGUGCGUAUGUCUCGGCAGCUACCCUUGUAUAUGUCAAAAGAGGAUGUAGAAGACACAAUUUACAGGAUGAAGCAACAGCUUGGAAAUGAAAAUAAAGGCUGUGUUCAUGGUCGUCCAUUUUUUCAAUACUUAACAGAUAUUCCAGAAUUUAAAUAACAAGCACAAAUCCAAGGAAGUUAUUCAGUAAAGUAGGACAUUUUGUUUGGGUUUGUAUUUCUUCUCCUUAAUUGUGACCUGUACUCUGUAUUGUCAGCCUGUUUUCUACAAAGUUUUUAUACAGCAACUUUUCACUGUCUUAAGUUCAAUGUCUUUUGUUUUUUAAAGUUCAGCUGCUAUUUGUAAACUGAAAAUAAACUGAGUAAUGUACAGAAAUUUAUUUGCUACAACUCAUUGCUAUUUUUUUCCCAUUAAGAAUUUAGUUAAUAAAUGUUUGCAACUAUCAUGGUGUUUUUUCAGUGCAUGUUACAUAGUUUUGCAUGUAAAAUGUGUGCCUAACAACCUGUAGACCCCUUUAGUCUUACUUACUUAGUGGUAUACCUCUUACCGAGGGUUAACUUACACUGCUUUCUACAUUCCUCUGAAUUUGAUCUAAGUAAUAGACACUCUGAUUAUCUUUCCCUGGUCUGAAGACAAGUUCUGUGAAGCUCGAAAGCUUGUAUCUUUUACCAAUAGAACCUGGUCUAAUAAAAGAUAUUACCUUG